AUGGCAUGGCCAGUCUGGCCUGCGCUCCUCGCAGUGGUGCUGGGCAGGGCUCAGGAGGUGCCUUUGUUGUGUGCCAAUGUGACACAGUCAGGAUUUGAUCCUGAUUGCCUGCCGACAGAAAUCCGAGAUUUUUCGGAUGUGGGAGAAGUGGGCAAGGAGCCGCCAUACAUCUACCUUCAGUGGAUGUUGGCUGAGACAUGUGGGGUUCACUUGGCCGAAUUCAAGACGCAGUUCGCUACGCUUCCACAGGUGUUGUCCCGAGGAAUGAAGAGCGUCUUCGUCAACUUCUUCGUCUAUGCAAUCGGGAAUUUCUUGGCCGUUGGGGUGAUGAGCAUCUUCUACGUGGCACCGCUGGGGCGUCGUUGCUGGGGGCUCUUUCGAGUCGGCUCCAUGGGCUACAAGCGCUUCGUGGGACCCUUGUAUUGCGUGAUGAUGGGCCUGGCGGUGUGGAUUGCAGUCGGUCUGGCAUUUCGCUUCUUCACCGAGCUGCAUGCUUUCAGAAAGCUGGUGCAUGAAGAACUCGAUACAGGCACCUGGCCGCUCCAGGGUGGAGGCGAAAUCUAUUUGCCACACCCGAGUGUUGCCUGCUACUACGUGUUCGAGCUUCGCUGGAUGACCUACCGGCAUUGCUUCGAUAUCCUCGUGCUUAUGACUUUCACGAGCGUGGACCUUCUAGUCUGCAUUCUUGAGCCACCCGGCGUGCUUCAAGCAUUCGAUCUGACGUGGUUGCCGGUUGGUCCCACAUCAUCCUGGGAAUACCACUGGGUCGUUCUGAAGGCCAUCUUUAUAGGCAUUACGGACGGCUUCCACGGCAUCUUCGUGGACGUUCCGGUGGCAGUCGUCACAGAACCGAAGGCGACUUUUCGACACUUGUGGAAUAUCGCAGACACUGGCAUAGACGUGGUGAAUCUGUUCAAAGCAGAUCGACGGCAAUCGCCAACUGAGCCGAUGGACGAUGGACAGUUUAAGGGCAAUUUCGAUGACUUCGAAGCCACCGUGCUGCUGCUUCGGCUGAUCUUGACAGUGCUGUUCGGUUGUCUCCGCCUCACGGCCAUGAUUGCACGGACGCCGGACAAGCCCUCCGAUGAAAGUGACGGAGACGAGGAGGAGGACAGCGAGGACGGGCGGCUUCUGCAUCGACCCCAUGCUGUGCAUGCGAUAGCGGGUGCAAAGCCGGCUACAGUGGGUGCUGCUUUCGCUCAGUCGGAACGGUGGCCACUGGCGACCGCGCUGUGUUCUGUGCCUGCAGGCUUCACGCUGCGGCGCAGUCAGAAAAGACGGCGCCCCUGCCUGGCAAUAAACAAUGAAGAGGACAUCUACAUGGAUGACUUUGUCAGCCCAGGUCAGAUGUUGAGAUGUCGUCGAUCUGAACAGCGAAAUCGCCUGUUGCCUGUUCUGUCGGGUGGCUGGUCACGUACUGACGGCUUGCCCCGAGGCCAGGAUGCAGGCUUUCAGUUCCAAAACGUGGGCCCUCUGGUUGGAUGCACGCCAUCGCUUUGGAUUUAUUUUGUCGGCAGCAGCGCAGUCCCAAGUCGCUGCCCUUGGCAGGUUCAAGAGGUGAUGCUACUUUUUGAGCAAGUCUGUGACUCCACGCAAAGCUACAGCCUGCUAACCAGCGCUUCCGGCUGCAUUGCGUCAGAGCAUUGGCGACAAGACAGCGAGCCAGACAAGGACGUGCCGACAGGUGGUCCGACGGAUCGUCUGCAGCAGCCUGCCAGUGAGUGCUCAGCCUUAAGUGUCCAAGAAGUUCUCGGACGAUAUGACCUUGUUGUAGCCAUGGAUGAGGGGACCCGGGCCCGCGUGGCUGCUUUGGCUGGCGGUAACGACGAGCGGCUGUGCUGCUUGGCCGACUUCUUGGACGUGUGCCCGGUGCAGGACCAGAUUUCCCAGCUUCAACUCCUUUGGGAUCGGAAGGGCCUCGCUUGUACUGUUCGGCCAGAUGCGCGGAGCGUUGGCCGCGCCAGGAGCUUGACAGACCUGGACGAUGUGGACAGCUCUGACUUGCUGCUCGUGGCCCAAGCGUUGGCGGUGGCAGGCUUGGAACGCUUUUUGAUCUCGCAGUUUCCACAGGGCUUGAAGGACAGGCUCCACCCUCAUCUCGUUCCCAAGGGCAUCUGA